AUCUCGUCCGAUCCAGUUCCAAGCUAGUGGUCAGUGUAGAGACUGCUUGCGUGAGAGAGGAACAGAGAAGCAGAGAGAGAGAGAGAGAGAGCAAUGGGGAUGGGGAGCAGGCACAUGUGCUGCCUGUCGACCCUGCUCCUCCUCCUGGGACUGUCAUCCGGCCAGGUCCUGUUCCAGGGGUUCAACUGGGAGUCGUCGAAGCAGACGGGUGGGUGGUACAACAACCUGAUGGGGAAGGUCGACGACAUUGCUGCCGCUGGCGUCACGCACGUCUGGCUCCCGCCGCCGUCCCACUCCGUCUCCAGCGAAGGUUACAUGCCUGGUCGUCUAUACGACCUGGACGCGUCCAAGUACGGGACGGCGGCGGAGCUCAAGUCCCUGAUCGCCGCGUUCCACGACAAGGGCGUGCAGGCGGUGGCGGACAUCGUCAUCAACCACCGGUGCGCCGACUACAAGGACAGCCGCGGCAUCUACUGCAUCUUCGAGGGCGGCACACCCGACAGCCGCCUCGACUGGCGCGCCCACAUGAUCUGCCGCGACGACGCCAAGUACUCGGACGGCACAGGCAACCUCGACACGGGCGCCGACUUCCCCGGAGCCCCCGACAUCGACCACCUCAACGACCGUGUCCAGCGGGAGCUCACCGAGUGGAUGCUAUGGCUCAAGUCUGACCUAGGCUUCGACGCAUGGCGCCUCGACUUCGCCAGGGGCUACUCUGCAGAGGUCGCCAGAGUCUACAUCAAUGGCACGGCCCCGAGCUUCGUCGUCGCCGAGAUAUGGGACAAGAUGGUGCCUGCUGGCGACGACGGGAAGCCCGCGUAUGAUCAGGACCCGCACCGGCAGGCACUGGUGGAUUGGGUGGACAAGGUGGGCGGAGCGGCGUCGCCGGCCACGGUGUUCGACUUCACCACCAAGGGGAUCCUGAACGCCGCCGUGGAGGGUGAGCUGUGGAGGCUCAUCGAUACGGAGGGGAAGGCGCCCGGCGUCAUCGGGUGGUGGCCGGCGAAGGCCGUCACCUUCGUCGACAACCACGACACGGGCUCCACGCAGGCCCAAUGGCCGUUCCCCCACGACAAGGUCAUGCAGGGCUACGCCUACAUCCUCACGCACCCCGGCAACCCAUGCAUUUUCUAUGACCAUUUCUUCGACUGGGGGUUCAAGGACGAGAUCGCAGCACUGGUUGCGGUGCGGAAGCGCAAUGGCAUCACGCCGACGAGCGAGCUGACGAUCCUCGAGCAUGAUGGCGACGCCUACGUGGCGGAGAUCGACGGCAAGGUGAUCGUGAAGAUCGGGUCCAGGUACGACCUCGGGCACCUUAUCCCGGUAGGGUUUGAGGUUGCUACCCACGGCAAGGACUACGCCGUCUGGGAGAAAGGCGGCAGCGAAGAAGUGACUCGGGCAUAGACUCGAACUACUGAAAAACUGACGUUUCAGACACGCAAACAACAUGGUUGCUGUUCCUGUUGCUGGUCUGAAUGUCAAGCUCUGAUGAGUGAUGACCAUAGGCAGUACGAUCUGUUUCUCUGAAAGACGCAGAUAAGAGUAACACAAUUUGGGGUAAGUAAACCAUUUAUAUAUAGCAGCACACAGGAUUGAUACACCUGAGAGUUGUAUACAAAAUGAUAAAUAAAAUAAGUGAUUUUCCUCUGUACAAGAGGA